GAAUACUUUUCAAAACUCAAAUGCAACUCCGCGCAAAACCUAUUCACAAUAAUAAACAGCUGUUAUUGGUUAUUUCUUUUGGUUGCUUUUCCUUCUUUUGACAUGUACUUUUGAAUCGGUCAGAUUGGAUUUUUCGUAGAACAUCAUCGGUACACGAUUUUCAUUUUCUUCCUUAGAAUUCGUGAAAAAUAAAUAUAAAAUGUGUUAUUAAUGGCGAAAGAAAUAAUAUUCGUUUAUUUCUCAAAUCAAGCAAAAAUAUCUUUAAAAUCAUAUGUUAUACGUAUGACCUAAUUAAAUUGAGUGCGGCAUUGUGAAGUGCAGUGAACCAUUUGAUACUGACAUCAAUUCGGGUUUGAUGAUGUCAUAAUAUUUAUUUUCUCCAUAACUCGCGUUUCGGCUGCCUGCUAACAACAAAACAACAUAAGCAGAAAAAUUGUUACGUGCGAAUAUAUAAUUAACAAAUCAAAGCCAUAUUUUCUGAUUGGUUUUGUAGCCCAUUGUUUUGAAGCCGUCUGUGAUCAAGCAUAUAUUGAAUUGUGUUUCAAGCUGUUGUGAAAAGUUUCUAAAAACGUGACGUCUAACGGUUACUGCAUAUAAUCUGCUUAUCCCAGUGAACUUGCGGACGGGCUGGCCUCUUGUCAGGCAUUGAGGCGGCAACAAUAUGGUUUUCGAAUCUGUUGUCACCGAUGUACUGAAUAAAGUGCUCGGUGACUAUGUUGAAAAUUUGGAUAAGAAUCAGCUGAAAAUCGGCAUUUGGGGCGGUGAUGUAGUGUUAAAUAACUUAAAAGUUAAAGAAAAUGCCCUUGAUGAGGUAGACUUGCCGGUGCAGCUUGUUUAUGGGUUUCUAGGAAAGCUGGUCUUAAAAAUACCAUGGAAGAAUCUCUACAGUCAGCCAGUGGUUGCACAAAUCGAAGACCUGUAUAUGCUCGUGUCGCCGAAGCAAUCGGUGCAAUAUGAUGCUGAGAAGGAAGAAACCUAUGAACUGCAGACCAAGCAGGCCGCGCUUAAGGCGCUUGAGGAGGCACAUAAGAGAGAAUUAAUGAAAAACGAAACCAAGCCGGAUGCCACUUUUUCCGAGAAACUAACAGCGCAAAUUGUUAAUAACUUGCAAGUAAAAAUAUCGAAUAUUCACAUUCGUUACGAAGAUGCUUCCACAACAGGCGAAAGCUUCGCUUUUGGCAUUACGCUGCACGAUCUCGAAUUAUAUACCACAGAUGAGAAUUGGGAGAAGUGUUAUCUGACGCAGCAAGUCAGCCGUGUCUUCAAAAUCGCCAACCUGGACUCCUUGUCUGCUUAUAUGAAUUGUAGAACAAGCAUGUACACAGCCCUGCCGAAAGAAGAGUUGGCAGAGGCUUUUCGAAAAAACAUUGCACAAAAAGAUUGCGUGCCGAAAGACUACAAUUAUGUUAUUGGCCCGAUUUCUGUAAUGGGAAAACUACAGCUAAAUAUGAAUCCGGAAUACGACACUCCAGCAUUUGUGAUACCCAAAAUCGAUUUGGCAUUGGAAAUGCAAAAGUUGCGCGUGGGCUUGACGAGCACACAAUUUCAGAAUGCUAUAAAAUUGGGCGAAUCCAUGAAUCGCAUGCAACUGGGCACACGUUACAGAAAAUAUCGCCCCUAUAAUAUAUCCUACAAAAAACACUACCGCGAGUGGUGGCACUUUGCCAUCAAUUCGAUUUUGGAGGAAGAUAUCAAAAAGCGUAAUAGAGCAUGGACAUGGCAGCAUAUUAAGGAGCAUCGUCAACUUUGUAACACCUACGCAGAAAGCUUCAAAGAAAAGGAAUUGUCUAAAAAGCCUCCUGCUAGCCUCGUAGAAACCUGCACAUUGCUCGAGCAGAAGCUGGAUCUAUUUAAUUUGGUCUUAAUACGUAAACGUGUCCAAAUUGAGGUGGAUAAAAUCCGCAAGGAUGAAGAAACGAGGCAAUCACAAAAGGGUGGUUGGUUUGGUGGCUGGUUCGGUGGUGGCAAGAAAGCUGAAGAUGAAGGAUCAAGCGACAUUGUCAAACAAUUCGAGGCCGCCAUGACCGCAGACGAGAAGGCGAAGCUUUACGACGCCAUUGGCUAUCAAGAGGGAACGCCGCCACCAGAUAUGCCAGUGCAGUUUGAGGCUAUAAAAAUGCAAUUCAAAUUGUUAGCCUUGGAAGUUGGCUUGUACGAUGAUAGCAGUGUGGUAGGAAGAGAAAGUAUCUCUCUGGACCAAUUAAAAACGCUUAUGCUGUUGAAUUUCUCUAUGACCACUUGCAAUAUAUCACAACGACCGGGCGGUAAUGCUAUCAGUGUUACGGUUGGCAUGCACGAAAUGAAACUUCUGGGUUUGCAUCAGGAUAAAACAGCGCCCAUCUUAAUCGAAUCGAAAACGACCGAUGAAUUAAAUCUACUGGAUAUAUUCUUCGAAACCAAUCCUCUCGACAAAAAAUGCGAUCAACGCAUUAAAGUAUCGGCACGCCCUUUGCAAGUGGUGUAUGACGCUGAUACGAUAAUACGACUGGUAAAGGUAUUCACACCGCCCAAAGCCAAUUUAUCCGAAUUGGAGUUCGCCGCCACUGAACGCAUGGCCAAUUUCAAAGAGCGCUCAGCCACGGGCAUGCAAUAUAUGAUCGACUCGAAAUCUGCAUUGGAAAUUGAUAUCCAAUUUAUGCCGAACAUUAUUAUUAUACCCAGUGCGGGGAAAUAUUGUCCUGGUAGCAAUAAUAAUUCGCUAAUUGUUAUAACAUUGGGUAAAUUCCUUGUUUCAUCGAAACCCCACAACGUGUCGUCGAAUGACCUGCUGGGCAUGCUACAAGCAGACAAAAUCGAGCUGUCUAAGGUGUUGGAGCGUGCAUAUGACCAAAUUCAAGUCAGCAUAGCUGAUAUACAGAUGGUGGUUGCUAGACCUGGGGAAGAAUGGGAACACACGCUUGCUUCUGCCGUGCAAUCGGAUAUGCACAUACUACGUCCCACCUCUGUUUUAUGCAACGUAUCCUUAUGCGCCGUCGACGAUGAUCCACGUUUGCCGAAGAUGAAAAUCGAAAUUGAAUUACCUUCGAUUGCGUUAAAUAUAACAGAAGAUCGCAUGUUUGAAGCGCUACGUGUAGUCACAAGCAUACCGUUACCGGAGGGUGACGCCGCUCAACCUUCACCACUUACCAAGGCGUUAAGCACUGCUUCAUCGAAAUUGUCAUUGGCUAGUUUUCUAACGCAAGAGAAAAAAGCUAAGAAACGUGUGGAAAACCUCGAUCUCUCUACGGAAAUUGUACAAUAUACCAAUUUAGAAUUGAUUUUCACCUUAAAAGAGUUCACCGUUGCAUUAAAUAAAUCGGUGCCUAUAAAAGAUACACCCAAACCGGGAGAGAAUAAGAAUAAAGCAAUAGCAUCACCCACAGAGCCUUUGGUAACGCCAAUCGAAUCACCACAGGAUUCUAACGCUUUCGGUACACCUGUUGAAGAAAUGCCCACUGAUGAGUUGCUGGAAGAAAUUGUAAGCUAUCAAUCAGCAUCCAGCGCUGUUGAAACUAUUCUAUCGCUGCAUGUGCUGGAGCUGGGUGUGAAAAUGUAUCAGCGUACAUACGAAAUGGUAGUGGAAGCAAACCUGGGAGCUGUAAAUCUGAAACGUCAUGGCUCUUCUGAGCACUCUGAACACCAGCUGGACAUCAUCGACACUCCACGAUUUUCAGAAGAACUCAAAUAUCUGCUAACCGUUUCUUAUGUGAUGGCACAACGAACUUCUCCCGAAUUCUUCACCAAAUAUAAUGCCACCGAGCAAUUGAUCAACAUUAAUUUCACUACUUUGAAUAUUACAUUGCAUCAAGAGGUGCUGUUGCAAUUGCUCGAACUGGCCGAUUCCAUACAACGCAAAUUGGAUAAAGUUAUCAAACCGUCAACGCCAACUAAUCAACAACCCAAAGAUCGCGAAGGUAAUGCUGGAGAUACAGGCAUCUUUAGCAAACUAACCGCCAUAGCAGAGGAGGGCGAAGAGGAAGGUAUUAUAGCUCCCACGAGGAGUCGUGCGCAACGGCAAGGAAAGGUGGUCAACAGCAUACAGGUGCACGUGAAAGCGAAAUUGGAGCAAGUUUCGUUGCUGUUGACAACUGCAAAACGUCCUUUGGCUACGCUGGACGUACAACAUUUUGAUGCGAAUGUAAUUUUGAAAUCGUCCUACACUGAGUUGAAUGUGCGUUUGAAGGACAUCGUGGUUACAGACUUGAAUCCAUUGACGAAACAUAGUGGCAUACUUUCAAUUGUUGGCGAUAAUGCGCUCGAGUGUCAAGUCAUCAAAUUCAAUAUGGAUGAGACUUCCAAUUACAAUUCAGACGACAUGCGUAUAACGGUAUCGAUUGGAGGCAUGAAAAUAGUGUUCCUCAACUGGUUCGUUGCAGGCGUUUUGAGUUUCCUUAACAACUUCCAAGCAGCUCAAGCGGCCCUUGCGCAGGCGAGUGCUGCUGCAGCUGAUGCGGCUAAACAAAAUGCUAUGGUUGCCUAUGAAAAUGCAACUCGCAUGAAGCUCGAUAUCAAAGUCAAAGCACCCGUAAUUAUAGUGCCGAUGGACUCGCAAAGUUUCAAUGCGAUAGUUCUGGAUCUUGGCUUUCUCUCGUUGAAUAACCUCACUAGUGAAGUGGAUGUACCGCGCGAUAGCCGACGUGCGGUGCUCGACGAAAUCAAACUUGAAUUGAAAAAUAUGAGAUUAGCAAAAGCCGCUAUUUUGCUGGAACAGAGUCGCAGAUCCUCGGUCGAUACUGUUGAUAUGGCAUACGGCAUCAAAUCGCAUCUAAAUAUUUUGGAUCCAGUUAGUUGCGCAUUGAUAGUGAAACGUAAUUUAUCUAGCACCUGGUACAAAGAGGUGCCUGAAAUGGACAUUUCUGGUCACUUGAAAUCGAUUGAGUUCAAUCUAUUUAUGGAAGAUUAUGCCGUUAUAAUGGCUAUAUUGAAUCGCAAUUUGAGUGAAGGCGCCGAUGAAUUUCCGCCGGUUGAGGAACCCGAUCUGCCACCAUCACCCAAACCAGCGGCGGAAUUACGACCACAGGUAUCCAGGGUUGAUGUAGAAACAACAGGGGCUCUUGCUGCUAAACGCAAAGUGUUGGCAGCGGUUAAUGCUUUUGACUCUCCACGAAAGAAUAAAAUUCAUGAACAAAUGAAAUUUAGUUUUCUAUUCGACGGUGUGGUUAUCAAUUUGCUUUUGAACAACGAAGAAGGGUUAGCGCGUUUCGGCUUGUACCUGCUAUCAUUGAAGGGUAAUAAGUUAAUCGAUGGCACACUAAACACCUCCAUUGUGUUGUGUAAUAUUCAGAUCGAUGACACACGAACAUCAAAUAAAAGUCCAAUUAAAAAAUAUCUGUGUCGCAAAGAUUGGAACGAAAUGCAAUUGCAUAGACCAAAUGAACAGCGAGCGGAUGUGGUGGAUGCUUGCAAGGCGGAGGCUAAUUACAUGUUGGAUUUAACAGCUAGCAUUAAGGAGGAUGAUGUUUUCGCGGAGGUGCGCGUUUCGAGUUUCGAUUUGAUUUUGUGCGUUGAUUAUCUCUUGAAAUUAGCUGACUUCUUCAAACUGCCCGAAGAAUCUGGAGCCUUAACUCCACAAAAAAAUAAAGAACUUAAAUCUCCAGGCAGCCCCAGUGCAGCUCCAAAGCAAAGCGCAAAACCAGCUGUAAGCGGAGCGCAAGCGGGUGCUGCUGCCGCCCCCCAAUCUGGCACGAAUAAUAAAAAAAUGAAUUUAAUUCUGCAUAUCGAGGAACCUGACAUUAUAUUGGUGGAAAAUCUGGACGAUAUGAAUUCGAAUGCCAUCAUUUUCAAUGUGCAGGCCCAGUUGAAUUAUCGCGCCAUUGGCGAAAAACAAAUUAUCAAUGGGCAAAUCGAUUCAUUGAAAAUGUAUAUGUGCUCGUUUAUGCCAGAACGUCGUGAAGCUACGCGGCAUUACAUUUUACAUCCAUGCAUGAUCAGCUUGCAAGGCUCCACACCCGAAGAGGAGGGUCUGCAUGUCAGUUUGAAAUUGAGUGAAAUUAUGUUGAACGUAUCACCAGCAACCAUAGAGUUGUUGAAUAAGGCAAUGCGCACUAUAAGCGCCGACAACGCACAGGAGCAGACGAAUCUGAGACUUGAGACCGAUCAUACCCAAUUAUGGGUGGAAGAAUCAUUUAAAGAGCGACGUUAUUGGUUCCUAAAAGCCGACCGUGCAGUUGACGCGCUGGAAUACAUUGACACCCCGCUAUUAGACGAAGCACAGAAACGAAAAACAGAAAGAUGCAUCAUUGAAAUACCAAAUAUUACGCUUGUCAUUGAAACAGGCAUUGGCUAUUAUACGAAACCACUUAUAGCGCUUGAUACACGCCUGAAUGCGGUGGUUAGCGACUGGAGUAGUGAUCUGAAAAUACGUGGUUCGCUUACGUUAAGCACCAACUAUUACAAUGAGUCUCUGGCAGUGUGGGAGCCGAUAAUUGAAAUGAAUGAGCACAUAAAUCGUAAUGGCGAGCACGAGUAUCUGCCGUGGGAAUUAACCUACAAGGUGGAUAUAAUUAACCAGAAAGUGGAAAACGACAAUGACGACGAACAGGAAGAGCAGUCGGAGAAAGUUACACAAAUCGCGAUUCAUUCGGAUGAAGAUUUGCAGUUCACCGUUACUAAGUCGUGCAUAGAUCUGUUGGGUGUCUUGGGUGAGGCCUUCUCGCAGGCGAUCAAUGUUGAGGGUCUUGUCAAGCCUGAAGUGAUAGCACCUUAUGUAGUUGAAAACGAUACCGGCUUUGAUAUUUCUAUCAACUUUAGGCGCGGCAUAUUCACUUUGCACGAAUGUCAUUCGCCAAAAGCGACACUGACAAAUCACUUAAAUAGCUCAUUGGUAUUCGCCGUUGAAGAUGCCGAUGCUAACUUUUCGCCCGAGCAAGUAAGGGAUUGCACGAUUUCACCUGGCGGACGUGCAUAUUUGCAAACAAAAGAUUUGUCGACAAUUACCACCGAAGAAGAUGAGCAAUACAAUUUGUAUGUGAGAGUGGGUGGCAUAGACAAGGAGGUAGUUUUGCCUGUAUCCAAAUCAGAUCAACGCUACUUCCCAUUAUAUCGCGGCUCGAAUCAAGAUCCAUGGGGCAUAGUGUCGGAAGUGCGCUCAGAGUUUGGCACCACAAAAGUCAAUAUACACGGUGUGGUCAAAGUACAUAAUCACUUCACAACAACACUGCAUAUUUAUCGGUAUAAACAGGGAUUAGCAAGAGAGAACAUUUUGGUUGGCAAAGUGCUGCCUGGACAAAUUUUCCAUGUGCCGCUACACGCCAUUUAUGCGGAUAUUAAAGAUUUGCACUUCUGCUUGGAAGGCUACAACAUAUCUGUGCAGGGCAUUAAGUGGAACGAUUGCCCCACUGAUCUCGAAUACUCGCGCCAUUUGCAGUGUGAUCCAGUGAAUACCUUCGAGACCUUCUAUAUAAAUGCGAAGCGCGUAAAAACUGAGAUUUUCCAUGAACAUAGUGACAAGUAUACCAUUUUAAGCGCCUUCUAUACUUUGCACCUCCGCCCGCCGGUAUAUCUUUGCAAUGCAUUGCCGAUAAGCAUAAGUGUAUCUGUGGCCGGAUGCAGUGUACGAAGUGCUGAAAGUGAGAAUUUAGAAAAAAAUAUUUCGGAUGUGAUAAAGGAAGAUAUGUUGGAUUAUGGCGAAAAAGAAGUGGCGCCGGGCGAUGUGCUGCAUUUGCCGACAGUUAAAUUAAGUAGCAAAUCGCGCGAGAAUCCUAGUUUUCUGGUUGUGCGGCUGAUUCAAUACUUGGAGAAAGAUUGGUCAUGCACUACCGAGAUAUCUGAGGGUCAUAAUGAUAUGGCUACCUGGCGCUUUAGCUCCUAUGAUUCAGAGGCUAAAAUGGAUAUGGAUUUAUGUGUGCGUUUUGACAAUCGUCAAGGUGCCUUGCAGAUUUCGCUAUACAGUCCAUUCUGGAUGAUCAACAAAACUGGCUUAAUGCUUAGUUAUAAAACCGAUGCAGAAACUGUUGAUGUGCUUUAUCAUCCACCGGAAUACAAUGGACCGAUCUUGUUCUCUUUCCGUGAGAAAUUCUUCUUUGACAAGAAAGCAGCGACGAUACGCGUAGACAAUGGCGACUGGAGUAAUAAAAUUCCAUUAGACGUUGCCGGUUCGAUGGGUGCCGUAACAUGCAAAUCAAAGGAAACGCCAUAUCAGAUAGGCGUACAUAAUCACAUAACCUACAAUUCGCUCACAAAAAUGAUCACUUUUAUACCAUUUUAUAUUGCAAGCAAUAAAUGCUACUUCACGAUAGAUCUACAAGAGCAAAGUAGACCUGGAGAUCCAUGGAUGACGGUAUUGCCCAAUUCGUGCACACCACUUUGGCCCAAGGACGAUUCCGAUAUGAUGCUUAUCGCGCGCGUACUCGGUCAAUGUACGCCGGCGUUUAAGUACUCGGAAGCACAGUGCACGCUCUUAAAACUGCCAGGCAAUAAGUACGGCGGUAUCAACGUGGACGUACAAGCUACGGAAGGCGGUGUUUAUAUCAUUUUUUCUGAGUUUAAUCCAGGCGAUGCCCCUGGCUUAAUAAUUAACCACACUAAUGUUCCGAUUGUGUAUCAAGAGAAAGAUGUAAAAGAAAAUGUGGUGCUGAAACCGCGUAGAAAACUGUUGCAUGCCUGGUCGCAUCCGUCGGGUGAAAAUAGCAUUGUUUUCGACUGGGGCGAAAAGAUUAGUGAAAAGAGCAAAACUAAAGCGGAAACAGACUUGAGGCGCGAUCAAAUUGGUGAAUUGAAAUUAGCAGAUGGCUCGAUUGCUUACUGGGUAACGUUUUUGGAUGGCUUGCAGCGAGUAUUACUAUUCACUGAGGAUGUUGGCAUUGCACAAAAACUUGAAGCCAGCGCGACAAUACAGAAGAUAACACAAUCAGUCGAAUUGCGCCUCCACGGCAUUGGCUUUUCACUGAUAAACAAUGCGAUCGGCACGACCAUUUUGUAUAUGGGUAUAGCGAGCUCAGGCGUAAUUUGGGAGCAAAAGAAGGGUUCAAAGAACUUCAAGCAGAUGAAUAUCCACGAAACUGCGGAGGUUGAAGAGCAAUACCAGCAGUAUUUGGUCGAUCGAAGUGUGAAUCAAGUCAAAAAGUACUACCUGGACUGCAAGCAUGAGAUUGACUUUACCAGCAUGAUUUUGAAAAAGACCAGAGAGCGUGAACUACAUCGCACCUUUUAUCCGGGUGUUUGGUUCAAAAUGAAUACAUCACCUUAUCAAAUGCAGCUGCAUGCAAAAAUCAAUAAAAUUCAAAUUGACAAUCAGCUAAACGAUUACAUUUUCCCUGUUGUGCUCGCACCAAUACCACCGCCUAAGAGCGUUGCCACAACGACGGUUUUGAAGCCCUUCAUCGAAGUCAGCGUGGUGCAGUGGGUGGUACCCAACUCCACAGUCAAGCAAUACAAAUAUGCUACCAUGCUUAUACAGGAGUUCCAUUUCAAAGUUGAUCUAAUGUUCCUCACAGCGCUGGCCGAUAUGUUUGCUGCGAACGUAAGUGACGAGCAAGCGGCAAAACUCUUCAAUUUGAAUGUCGAAUCCAUUGAAAAGCCACUAUCAGACCUAGUAGAGACGCACUCUGCGCAAGAACAAAAGAAUUUCUAUGAUAAUUUGCAUUUGGGACCGAUUAAAAUACACGUCAGCUUCUCCAUGGCUGGUUCUGAUACCACAGCUUUGCCGGCUAUUCUGUCUACUCUGGUGCAAGGCGUCGGUGUUACACUGACCGAUGUUAACGACGUAGUUUUCCGUUUGGCUUUCUUCGAGCGUGAAUACCGGUUCUUCACGCAGCAGCAGUUAACUUCAGAGAUCACAUCACAUUAUGCGGGACAAGCGUUGAAGCAGUUGUAUGUGCUUGUAUUGGGCUUGGAUGUGCUUGGCAACCCGUAUGGUUUAGUUGUGGGUUUGAAGAAGGGCGUGGAAGAUUUGUUCUAUGAACCAUUCCAGGGUGCCAUACAAGGACCAGGAGAGUUUGCCGAAGGUCUGGCGCUCGGUGUCAAAUCACUAUUUGGCCACACAGUUGGUGGCGCAGCUGGUGCCGUAUCGAAAAUAACCGGCGCUAUGGGCAAAGGACUGGCUGCACUGACAUUCGAUGAAGAGUAUCAGAAGAAGCGACGUCUGCACAUGAAUAAGAAACCACAAACAUUCUCCGAAGGUAUAGCGCGCAGCAGCAAAAGUCUGGCUAUGGGCUUUGUUGAUGGCGUUUCGGGCGUGGUUACCAAACCUGUGGCUGGUGCGCGCGAGGAAGGUGUUGAAGGCUUCUUUAAGGGUGUUGGUAAGGGUUUGAUUGGCUUCGUGGCUCAGCCGACAGCUGGUGUGGUUGAUUUUGCUAGUGGCAGCUUUGGUGCAGUGCGUCGCGUUGCUGAAGGACAAACGGAAGUGUCGCGUUUGCGUGCACCCCGUUACGUGCACCAAGACAAUGUGGUGCGUCCAUAUUGUCGUGCCGAAGCCGAGGGCAAUCGUGUAUUUAAGGAAAUCGAAAAGGGUAAAUAUGCAGGCACCGAUAUAUUCAUACACUGCGAAGAGAUAGUGCCAAAGCAUGAGUUCCUGGUCGUCUCGAAUCAUCGCGUCAUACAUGCCACCAAGAAUGAUCUUUUCGGGACAUAUACGGUACAAUGGAAAUACCGAUUUGAAAAUAUCGACGCAUUUACACCAACCGACAAGGGACUUGAGAUCAGACUGAAAAAGCAAAAUAAAAAAGUAAUGGGCAUGUUUUCCACUAACGAAGUGGUUCGCAAGCAAGUCUUGAUAAAGGAUUCGAAGCGGCGUGAUCGAUUAAUUGAAAUUUUGGAAUCUCAUCACAAGAAAGUGUAACAGUGUUUUUCGCAUAAAAUGUCGCCACCACGGCCGCCACAGUCGCGAAGCAGCGAAUAAGUACUCAAAAGAAGAAAUUUGUUUCAAAAUAACAUGGCAACAACAACUUGCACAAGCACACUCAAGCGCUCACAAGCUGAAAACGUAACAUUUGAAGAAACCAGACGACAACAGACAAACAUUCAAGAACAUUGAUUGAUUGCGUACCAAUAAAUUUUGCUAAAAUUUGAAACAAUUGAAGCUGAGGAUUAUUGAUAUUUUUAAUACCACAACUAAGCACGUGGCUUUGUGCUAAAAAUAACUCAAGCGCUACGUACUUUUAAUCUCUAACUGUAAGCUUUUUUAACAUGAAUUUAUAUUUAUAUAUUAUUUUGUUAUUUUCUAUUCUCCUGAAACGCCGGUAUGCAUGUAGUGGUUUACACGCACUAUUACUAUAAUGCAUAGAAUGCAAACUAGUUUCAUACUUCCAUAAAUACGAACAUAUUUGCAAAUUGUCAAAUAGUCACAGAAAUAUGUACUGCUUUAUCGCGCGAGACUACCUCGUUACUGCUACAAAAUCAAAAAACAACAAGAAAAACGGAAACAAUAAUUUUUUCUGAGUUGAGUUUUUUUUUUUUUUUUUUUUUUUUUUGUGUUUUUAUACUUAAUAUUCCAAAUAAAUACAUUCACUGAAAUAGUUAGCAAAAGUUUAUGGUAUAUAAUUUUGUUACGAAGUUUUAUAAAUAAAAAAUAUUAUUGUUGUAGUAAAAUAUUUAUAUUUGUACACUUUAUCAUUGUUAGCAGUUUCUAUCGAAAAAAUAAAAUAAAAUGAAAAUAAAACUUAUGAAGAAAAGGUAGCCUAGAAAGGAUGGGCCGAUUUUCAACAUAAAAGUAGUCUCAUUGUAAGAAGUGAUAAUCUACAUUUCUUCGUUAAAUUUACUCAACUGUGCUUUUUGGCGGAUUAUCUGAUUUUUGGAAAUAUGGCCUUGAAAGAAAUCUUUUUUCGCUGCGAUAAUUGAAUACACGAAACAAUAAUGAACGAUUUAUUGAUUUCACAACAUUUCAAUGUACUACUUAAUGUUAACAGACGAUUUUUACACACAUAUUUACAAGCAUAUAAGUGUUA